UUUAAAUCGUUGUUAAUAAACCAAUGCUAUUAAAAGCUUGGCAACACGAUUGAAUUGGCGGCAAACGAUCACAAUUUUAAUUCUGUUGUGUUCUGCUGGUAUUCGUUUGAUUUAAUUCUUGUUCUUAGUUGCCUAACUCUCUUUUAUUUCUCUAGACAUUACGACAACCUGAGUUGCCCCGUUAUGUUUCCUUUCUUGUGUUUUUUUCAUUCUUAAAUGUCAACACCGUGACGUCCAUCUUUGUUCAACGUUGAUGCGGCAAUGUGUUGUUCGGUCAACGUUCGCUACUCUCGCCCGUUAUAACUCGCAUUCAAGAGAUUUAAAAUACAGAAUAAGGAUCGAAACAAUGAUGAGACGUGACGAUCAAAAUAAUUCAAAUGAAUUCAAACAAAGAAAUUUUUAUUUGUCAGUCCUUUCACCUUAACGGAAAUAUUUUUACCUGGGCAUUAUGAGAAACCCUAUAAAUAGUAGAGGGAAGAUGGUCCCUCGACGUGAUAUCAAUUCGGAUCGAGGACAAGUCAAGUAACAAGAUGCAGUUGUGGUUAUCUCCUCUGCUCGUCGUCGUCAUCGUGAGUGGAGAUUCGGGAACGUACGACCCUGACGAAGCCUGGCGUCAAAUGGUCGGACUAACCGAUCAUUCGGCUACAUUUUCAGCUAUCACGUCGAACGAUGAAACGAGUUCUCAAUCAUCGAGAUCCACCGACUUGAAACCGGCCGCUUCUUCUUACGGAGGUGGAGGCUAUGGGGGCGGGGGCUACGGCGGAGGAAACUACGGCGGAGGCGGAUCUAGCGGAGGAGGCUAUGGCCACGGAGGAGCAAGUUACGGUGGACACGGGGGAGGAGGUUACGGACACGGGUCAAAUGGCAGCAAUGCGGUAGCUUUACUGGGACUUUUGCUUCUGAUCAAUCUCUUGCGGGACAUUCUGAAUCAAAUAACGACGACGGCUGCCAGUGGCCGGAAGAAGAAAUCUAUUCAAGAUCCAUUUCGGGAAUGGUUUUCCAAUCUCGGCCAAGGAGGAAUUCAAACAUUGAAUUACGAAAUCGUCGCCACCGUUCUCCCGCUUCUAAGCGAGUUCACCGAACAUGGUGAUAACAAACGGCCUCUGGUCUGCGCUCAAAGGUCCAUCUGUUUAGCCAAUCGACGUCUGACAUCGAACUACGGCCAAAUGGGGAAAGUCUUUGGCAAACUGAGCAGCGAAGCCGUUCUGGAACACUUCCAAUCAUCAUCCUAUCCGGAAGGAACCUUCACUGUGGCUGCUGCUCACGGCCGAAAUUUAGCCGACUGCCACAAAAUCUACAGUCAAUGCCAAGUGGAUUGAGGACAAAAGGGAUCAAUGAAAGAGGAGAUUCUUAUGUUUCUUUUCUUUUUAAUUUCGUUAGAUUCAAUCGAUUCUUUUUUUUUUUGUUUUGUUUCAUUUUUCUUUGUUUUAUCUUUCCGGAUUUCGUCAUUUUUUGUGGGGUUUUCCUCCAGACUCAUGACACACGCACACAGCACACGGAUAAUAUUGAUUUAGUCCUGUAUGGAGGGAGGUUCAAACACGAUUGAGGGUGGUGGGCGGG